AUGCUCAGCACAUUUAGGAGAAGACUAGCAACAAAAGCUAGCAAUAGUCAGUUUAAUGUCUUUGACAGAAAUGCCAAAUUGGUCCAAAGAAAUAGGUACAUCAAGAAACAUCCAGAAGAAACCAGGAAAGUAGAGUAUCUUAGAGAUGAAAUAGCUAAGAAAACUAUUGAAAGAUUAUCAUUUAUUACAAGAGAUUUGGACAAUUUGUUAGAUUUUGGUUCCAACAGUGGGAAUCUUUUGAAGCAAUUGUGUUUAAACAAUGAUAACUCAUUACAAGAGGAUAAAGACAAAAUCUUACCCAAGAUUAAAACCUAUAAUAUGUUUGAUUCAUCAGAUAUUUUAUUCAGAGAUCAAAAUGAACCUUAUUGGAAUAAUUUCGAAGGCAAGAUCAAUAGAAUUCAAAAUGACGAAGAAGCAUUCAAUGAUGAAAUACUAAAACCUGAUAGUUUUGAUGCAGUGAUUUCCAAUUUGUCAUUACAUUGGAUUAAUGAUUUACCUCAAACUUUAAGUAAUAUCAACAGAAUUCUCAAACCUGAUGGUUUAUUUUUAGGUACAUUAUUGGGUACCGAUAGUAUUUAUGAAAUGAGAACAUCCUUGCAAUUAGCUGAGUUGGAAAGAAAAGGUGGUUUAAGUCCUAGAGUAAGUCCUUUAGUUCAAUUAAAUGAUGUUGGAUCGUUAUUAAAUAAAGCUGGAUUCAAUCUUUUGACCAUUGAUGUAGAAGACAUAGUUAUUGGUGGAUUUCCUGAUAUCGUAUCAAUAAUGAAUGACUUACAAUUGAUGGGUGAACAGAAUGUUGUUUUGAGUAGAUCGAAUUAUUUGGAUAGGGAUGUGUUGUUAUCUGCUAAUGAAAUUUAUAAAACUUUACACGGUGAAAAAGGUGAGGAUGGUGAAGUCACUUUACCCUUAACCUUCAAUGUUAUUUUCAUGAUCGGGUGGAAAAAUAGUCCAGAUCAACCUAAACCUUUAGAAAGAGGAUCUGGUCAAGUAAAUUUGAAAGAUGUUUUAUAA